AUGAUGGAAGGUGGUGCAACACCAAUGCCUGGAGUAACAUCUGGCCCAAAAUCGACAAGUAUGAUCUACAUCUGCGGAGCGUUACUAUGGAAUAUGAUCGUUUUCAGAAUGUCACUACGAGAACGAAAUCCGUCCGAAGGAUGCCAUUCGUUGUCGAGAAUGUGGCUAUCGAAUCUUAUACAAGAAGAGAAGCAGAAAACGUGA